GUCUUGGCCGGUCUUGUCCAUCUUGGAGACCUCUCCGAUGCGGAGAGGGACGAAGAAGACGUCACGGCAAUCGUCGAGCUGGAUGAGGAGAUCUUGGAGAAGGCCUCCCAGCUGCUCGGGCUCGACGACGAGGAGCUGGGCACGGCUCUCCAACGGCGGAAGGUGCGGGUGAAGCAUCCUGGCCGAGAGUCGAUAACCGAGGUUCCGCGGACUACAUCCCAGUUCAGACACGCAUUGCACAGCCUGAUCAAAGCGCUGUACAAGCGGCUUUUCGAAAGGUUGGUGCAGCGAAUCAACAGCUCCUUUCGCGAGCUGUGCCCUCGCGAGCCCGGCGAGGAUGCGCCGUGGUGUGAGACGGGCAUCCUUGACAUCUACGGCUUCGAACGUUUAGAGCGCAACUCUUUCGAGCAGCUCUGCAUCAACCUGGCAAACGAGCGGCUCCAGCAAUAUUUUGUGGAGAACGUCCUGGUUGCCGAGCAGGCCAUCUACCGCCGGGAGGGCCUGGCUUGGCAGGGUCUUGCCUUGCCGGAUUCGACGCCCGUCGUGUCGGCGAUCCAGCAAACUUUUCGUACUCUCGACGAGUACAGCCAGCAGCUCGCCAAAGGUUUCGAGCGAAUGUCGGAUGAGGGCUUCUGCCAGAAGACCGUGGAGGAUGCUUCAAAG